AUCGUUUGCACCUUUCAAACAACUUCAUUUGGCUCUUUGUUUGCUGUUCGAUUUGCGAAGAGGCGCAAGUGAAUCUCCUUCUUUGCGAAUUAUUUGAGAAGGCGAAGGGUUCUGUCUCGGCUGUCAUUCACAUUUUCCUUGCUCUGCACUGAUAUUGGUGGAUUUGAGCUCUGCCAAACUCUCUUAUCUCUUCAAUGCGCUGUCGCCACGAGUAACUAUGGUGUAGUGGGCAAGUGCAAAUCACUCGCUGCACAGAUAGUUUGCUUCAAAAAGAGGCGCCCUGCCGUCACAAUACGAGGACCAAAAAUAUCGGUCUUCGAAGAAGUAAUGCGCGGACGCCCCUCAUCUGCAGCAGCGGACUUGAGUAGUCGAGCGUGAGACCAUGGACUUCAUGGAUAUUGUCGGGGAGCUGCGAGCCCUUCCCGACAAUGUCCAUAUUUUGUGCCCUCGACAACACGAUGACGACCAUGGACGAUACGACGACCCCAACGAGGUAGACGAUACGGGAAAAAGCGCAGCGGAACUUGUGGCUGAGGCCAAUGGUCGGCGAGAGAAGUUUCUUUCAUGCAUGCGUAUAUUGGCUUAUAACCAGGAGGGCGUUGAGGAGCUGCAGACUUGGAUCUGGCGCAAAUUGGACGAUGCGCUCGAAAAAUGCGACCUUUGCAUCAAACAGUACUACACGGGCAAGAUCUGGCUGAUAGAGCAGCUCAAGGAGAAUUACGAUGACGAGGAUAUCGAGAAAUUCGCGCGCAUGCUCGACGAUUGGGACAUCAAGAGAAUUAAGAAGAAUUUGGCGACGGCGACAGCGAAGCUGAAAGAAGUUCCGCCUCAAGAGAUUGGGCUUCAUGUGUUGGAUCGAGCAUCGCUCUUGUCAAUAUUUGAGAGUCUGAGUUGCGAGGCCAUGCUUCGCAAUGACGCUCUUCUGCAGGAGCACUUCGACGAACCAUUCCGGCUUAUCCAAACAAAACGUAGUCUCAAGGUCUCGGAUUACGUCCCUGCUGUCACUCGAUUCUUAUUUGAUUCCAACCAGAGCCGAAGUUUCUGGGCUAUUCAUUCCUGGAUGCGCUACUCGCGGCCCCCGACCGCACUUGAGUUCGACUGGGCGAUCAAAGAGGGGCUUCUCGACAUAUUGAAGGCAGCCUCUCAGCAACCGCCUCAGGUAGCUGUUAUCCAGCGACUCUGGCGCGGCAUGCAACUUGUAGUGAAGAGAUUGGAUAAGGAUCAGAUCACGCAUCAUCUACGGGCGCUUGAAAUAGACCCCUGCCGUCUUUCUGUGGAACACCUUGGGAUUCAAUCUCCAGGGCUGCGUUUCCUUCUCAACACGAUUCAGAUCUUCCUCGAAAAAGCCCCAGGGGACUUUUGGGAUGCUAUGCAGACGAUCUCCCCUCAAGCUAUCAUCGAGCUCGUUUUCUAUAACCCUCAGCUGGGGGCGUUCUUGAUGCAAAUCCGCGAGGGGGAGCCUUACGAGAAGUCUGCUCUGAAGGAUAUGCUCUCUUGGGUUGAUCCUUUCAUGUCGUCCUUGAAGGGCGCGCACCAACCUUCAGCCUGCAGAUCUCUUGUCUAUCAGCUUCUUGAUCGACUCCAAAAUCCGCGCUUCCCGGACUUGGCUCGGUAUCAUUGUUUUCAUGUUGGACUGGCCAGUUUACUUCAAACACUUCGCAGCUUCACCGACAAUGAGUCUUCACGAGGCUCGGUGGCCCGUAUUGUAUUGUCUGAGACCAUGGGAGUUGUGAGCGCAAAUACCGAUACAAUUCUGAAGCCUCCCAAGUUCUCAGUGGAGCAAAGACGGCAGGAGGAGAUAUCCUCUUUAUGCAUGGACGUCAUCCGUAAUACAUUGGCACUUGAGUGCCAAUCCUUGAAGAGCGAUUACGAAGUCAUUUUACGGCAGAAUUCUCUUCAACAUGGCGUAAGCACCUACUCGGCUCCCAUUUGGGAAGCUGUUGUCAGGAACCUUCACGAGGAUAAUCUUGCGCUUUCGACCUCGGCGCUGCUUGGUAUACUGCCCCUGGUUGGCUUGGAAACAUUUCCGACGAAGGGCGAGUCAAGUCCGGAGAAGACACAUUUUAACCUGAUUUACGGCCACCUAACUCGACUCUCAUGUCAAAUUAUUGAGCGCCUUGCUGAUUUCAAGCCUGAGCAUCUCAAUGAAUUGUUCAAGAGCCAAGAUACCAGUAGUGCAUUGAUCUCUGCUCUGUUCGCAGCGGAUCUUGACACCUAUCAGGCUGCCGUCGACCUCAUCAAGAACAUGAGCGGUCACUCAGCUAGAAGGGAUGCAAUCUCUCAUCUUUUACAGUCUUUUUUCAUAACGACGAUGUACGGACUUAGUUGGUCUUUCCGACGGAUCUCAAACAUGAAGACGUUUGCUUCUGCGCCGAGAAUGUUACACACCGGAACCGAUAUCGUUGAUAUCCUCUGUGACAGUCAGACAGGAAUGCUCAGAACUCGUAAGCUUGCUGAUCGGAGAGAGAUCCUUUCCCUCCAGAAGCUUUGGGAGUAUCUCUGGCAAGCGUUAAGCACCAUCUUCGAUGAAACUGAGGCAUGGCAUCUCAGGGGUAACGACAAAGCUGUAAUGCUGGAAUUCUGCAGGGACACUAUUCAAUUUGCGGACCUGCUUUUCGACCAAUACGGUGUUUUCUUGAGCGCUGUUGUCGAUGCGGAUCCCAGCCAGGAGGCUUCUGCUCGAGAGAAUUUUUUGAAGUUCCCAACCACGACCAUGAGUGCGAUGGUCAAAUGGCUCCGCCUGAAAGAUGAAUAUUUGGCAACCACGCUGGUAGGACUGGUAGCAAAGCUGCUUCGCCGCUUAGGGGAGCUUAGCGUGACAACUGUUAAAGAUGAUGCUCUAGGUUUCAUUGAAGGCGUUGCGGUCAAGUCCACCAUCAAGACCAUCCUGACAUUGCGGGAGAAAGCAGAGCUUGUUCGGGCUCUUGAGGCAUACUACAAGAAACCUGUUGUGACGGCUUCCACCGCCAGCCUCAAGAAACAGAGUAUGAUCACCGCGUUUGCCAAACCAGCCGAGGUCUCCGCUACACCUAGUCCAGCCAAAACAACCAGUGAAGAUGAGUUCGAUGAUGACAAUGUACCAGACGAUGUUCUGAUGCAGCUAUCGCGGUCUGUCGAGCUCAAUAAAGAGAGACUUGCAGCUGAAGCUAAGAGAAGAGCGGACAAGGCGGCCAAGGCCCUCCCCGCAAUUCCCAGACCCUCUGCUGCACCCUUGAAACCUAAUGUGACAGUUCAGUCCUUCCGUGAAAAACGCGAGAAGGAGAAGGAAGCCAAGAGAAAGCGUGACCUUGCCGAGCUUGCACGUUUGAAGAAGAAUCUUCCUGCGCGUGGCGUUGGGGAACAGACUGCUGAACAAGGAUCCGGGUUGAGUGGUAUCGGGGUCAAAGGCAAAGUUCAUACUACUACCGAGGAAAGUAUGAUGGUGUCUUCUGGCUCAGAAUCCGAGUCGGAAAGCGAUGACGAACUCGAUAAGGAGCUCUUCGGGCCGAAGGGAAGAUCUAAGCCGGACGCAAUCAAAGCUUAUGAAGAGAGUAAAAAACUAUCGCUGAAGCAACAAGGCCCUGUUAAAAAGAUCAAGCAGGUGCGCUCUGCGAAAGAUAUGCGGGCACGGCUCGCGCCAGAUCUAUCUUCUUUGCAUCGUACAAUCCUCUCUUGGGACUUUUUUGCAAAUGGUGAUCUUCCGCCAAAUUCUGGUCGUACUGACUACAGCCUGGUAUCCAACUCUUUCAGAGACCCGAUCGAGUACCAGAAAACAUUCGAGCCUCUUCUGAUUUUGGAAGCUUGGCAAGGGUUCAACUCGACGAAGGAGGAAGGAACAUUUAGACCAUUCGAAAUCAAGGUUGCCACUCGUCUCUCCGUGGACUCAUUUGUCGAAGUCAGCACAGUUCUACCCUCGCUUGAGGUCAAAGACCUCGGUCUCGGCGAAGCCGAUAUCGUCCUUCUUUCUAAGUCGAGCAGGCCAACAUCCGAUCCUUCUGCCCCUCACUGCUUUGCAAGGGUUGCCGGCAUCAACAAGAAGAGGGGCACAGUUGAAAUAUCUUAUCGGGUGAAUCCCGGGAGCUCCUUCAUCAAUUCCCUCGGACCUGGAGUCACAAUCUGGGGUGCGAAGAUAACGUCAUUGACUCCUCUUGAACGAGAGUAUGGUGCUCUCAUGGCUCUGCAGUAUUAUGAUUUGUGCGAGGAAGUCAUCAGGGCCAAACCGUCGCCGAUUCUCCACUACUCCGAUGCUAGCCUGAAACCGAUUGCGGACAAUUACAAUGUCAAUCCGGCCCAGGCGAAGGCAAUCAAAUCUGCUCUAGACAAUGAUGCCUUUACCCUUAUCCAAGGGCCCCCGGGCGUAACAAUUUCACGGCCGACGGGAGUGGCAAAUCCGAGGGCCCCUGUAAGAACUGCAACGUCGAAAAAGCUACUAGUCUGUGCUCCGAGUAACGCUGCUGUCGACGAGCUGGUGAUGCGAUUCAAGGAGGGUGUGAAAACUAUCCACGGACGCCACGAAAGAUUAAACGUCAUUCGUCUGGGCAGAAGUGAUGCUAUCAACACGAAUGUUCUCGAUGUGACCUUAGAUGAGCUCGUCAACGCUCGAUUGAGCCAGAAUCCACGUAAAGACUCUGGCGAAAGGGACUUACAGACGAUCUAUAUGGAACACAAAGCUGCGGAUACCGCGUUCAAGGAGACCCGCGCAAAAAUCGAUCAAUGCAGAGCUCAGGGCUUACCUGUGCCAGAAGAAUUGGAACGAGAGUUCGAUCUGCUCAAGAAGAAGAAGACGCAGCUUAGCCAACAGAUCGACGCUGCGAGGGACAAGAAUCACUCGGCAGCACGCGAUGCAGAUUUGAAUAGGCGCCGCAUUCAACAGGAAAUCAUUAACGGCGCUCAUGUCAUCUGCGCCACUCUCAGCGGUAGCGGCCACGAGAUGUUCCAGAACUUGAGUAUUGAAUUUGAAACCGUUGUUAUUGAUGAAGCUGCUCAGUCUAUCGAACUCAGUGCCCUUAUUCCCCUGAAGUACGGGUGCUCCAAAUGUAUUCUCGUUGGAGACCCGAAGCAACUGCCGCCCACUGUUUUAUCGAAAGUUGCUUCUAAGUUCCAAUACGAGCAGAGUUUGUUCGUCAGAAUGCAGGCCAACCACCCAAGGGAUGUACAUCUGCUCGAUACUCAAUACCGUAUGCAUCCAGAAAUCAGUGUUUACCCCAGCGCUGCGUUCUAUGACGGGAAGCUAAAGGACGGGCCGAACAUGGCCAAACUCCGUGCUCGUCCAUGGCAUCAGAGCGAGCUUCUUGGCCCAUAUCGUUUCUUCGAUGUGCAGGGGCUCCAUCAAAAUACAACGAAGGGUCACUCUCUGAUCAAUUUGGCGGAGUUGCGGGUGGCUAUGCAACUCUACGAACGACUGAUCACAGAUUUCCGCGAUUAUGACUUCAGUGGGAAAAUAGGUAUCAUUACCCCGUACAAGGGUCAGUUGAGGGAGUUGAAGACACAGUUUGCCGCAAGGUACGGAAACGCCAUCUUCAACAUGGUCGACUUUAAUACAACGGACGCCUUCCAAGGUCGGGAGAGUGAAGUCAUCAUCUUCUCUUGUGUUAGAGCAUCCAACAAAGGAAUUGGUUUCUUGGCGGACAUUCGCCGUAUGAAUGUCGGUCUGACGCGUGCCAAAUCAUCCCUUUGGGUUCUUGGUAAUUCGCAGUCUUUGGUGCAAGGCCAAUUCUGGAAUGGGUUGAUUAAGGAUGCGCGUCGAAGAAAUGUAUAUACCGACGGUGACAUUCUGGACAUUCUUCAGCGGCCACAGUUUACGGGCUACAAGGACAUCGAUAUGAUGGACGCCGAGUCUCCAAAUCCUACAGUCUCACUCAAGGCUGCUGGUUCCGAACCCUUCUCCAGACCGACCUCAGCCUCCCUUGAGCGGCCAACUUCAGAGUCCUCCAUCUCUGCAUCAGUCUCUAGGAGGGGCACUCCCAUAGAACCUCCGCCAGACCUGCCGUCAGGCGGUCCCAACGGUUUGGAUGAUACCCGCACAUGCGGUUACUGUGGCAGCUUUGCUCAUAUGACGCACAAUUGUGACAACAUCGAUGCGAAGGAGGCGUCGCGUGGCACCUGCUACAGAUGUGGGCGCUCAGGACAUACACGCAUGGUUUGUACGGCAGAACGCUGUCUGCAAUGUGGUGAGUUCGGACAUGAUGCACAGAGCUGUCAAUCUGCGAGGGAGCUGCCAAAGAAAGAGAAAAUUCGUAUCGCACGAGAGGAGCAUCAACAUGCUCAGAUGAAGAAACAAAGGACCGAGCGUCAGCGCCAGAAACAGCUUGGAGGACAUGAUCCCAAAGUACCGGUUCUACAGGUCUCUUCCGAUCCGCCGCCGCGCGGGGAUAAGAAGCCUGAGAAACGUAGGCCCGACCUGAGCAAUGCACCUGGCAAGCGCAAGCGUACGGGUUCAGAAUCGCCCGAUACUUCUAAGGUUUCUAAACCUCGAAGCUCGGACUCAGUUCCCAAUCCAUCCAAAGGCCCGCGACGCAAGAUUGAUGCCAAUGUGCCUACCAGCGCCGCUGGCUUGGUCAAACCGUCACGGGACGGGCCAGCAUUCGCUCCUCUGGACAAUAACAAGUCCUCAGACGGCCCAUCGUCAGGUUCUGGGUCAGCAAAUCUCCCUCCUCGUCCUCCGCAAAGACCCGGCAAUGGAGUCAGACCACCUCCUCCGAUGCGCAAAAAGAAAGAGGUCGAUCCAUUCAUUAGACCAAAGAGAAGGUAGCAGGCGCAUCAUCUUCUGCAUAAAUUUCCCCCACACAACGCAUAGACCGCAUCCAUACGCAUUUUAUUCUCAAAAAAGAAAUAGCAUCCUUGAAGAUUUGUGGGACAGACAUGCUUCCUUCCUUGACACCUACUGUAUGAUACGUGGGAUUUUCACCUUGCAUACAUCCGAGCGGCUGCGCAUUAUUGGCAUUUCUUUUUGUUUUGCAUGAUCAUUUCAAUUCGUCCUUCAUGGCGGCUAUUACCUUUGAAACUUACAUACAUUGUGACCAUACGGCGGCGAUUUACGAAUCGUGAUGCCUCAGUUCGAGAAUUUCCGAUUUUUGUGAUGGUGAUGGGAUGCAUUGAAACGGAGCACUGCUGGCAUUUAUCCUUUUCUCGUCUCUUCCUUGCUUCUUCUGCACUGCAUGUCCACUGUCAGGGGCAAAGCUUGAAAUAUCUUCAUGUUGUCUAUAUACCCGUGGAUAUAGGCGGUAGGCUGAAAUUUUGAUGACUUGGCG